UUCUCUGCCCGGCUUUGAUCUCUGCUUAACAACAGUAACGUCACACGGACUACAGGGGAGUUUUGUUGGAAGUUGCAAAGUCCUAGAGCCUCCAGAGGGCUGUCGGCGCAGUAGCAGCUAGCAGCAGCGUCCGCGCGCUCCGGCGAGGGGCACAGCAGGAGCUAGAGCCGAGCGCGGACCCAGCCCCGGACCCACCGCCGCCCCAGGCCGCCUAGCCGAGCCCCAGCCAUGGCACACCAGCUCCUGUGCUGCGAGAUGGAGACCAUCCGCCGGGCGUACCCCGAUGCCAACCUCCUCAACGACCGGGUGCUGCGGGCCAUGCUCAAGGCGGAGGAGACCUGCGCGCCCUCGGUAUCCUACUUCAAGUGUGUGCAGAAGGAGAUCCUGCCGUCCAUGCGGAAGAUCGUAGCCACCUGGAUGCUGGAGGUCUGCGAGGAGCAAAAGUGCGAGGAGGAGGUCUUCCCGCUGGCCAUGAACUACCUGGACCGCUUCCUGUCGCUGGAGCCCGUGAAAAAGAGCCGCCUGCAGCUGCUGGGGGCCACCUGCAUGUUCGUCGCCUCGAAGAUGAAGGAGACCAUCCCGCUGACGGCCGAGAAGCUGUGCAUCUACACUGACAACUCCAUUCGUCCCGACGAGCUGCUGCAAAUGGAGCUGGUCUUAGUGAACAAACUCAAGUGGAACCUGGCUGCCACGACCCCGCACGACUUCAUUGAACACUUCCUCUCCAAAAUGCCGGUGGUCGAGGAGAACAAACAGAUCAUCCGCAAACACGCGCAGACCUUCGUUGCCCUCUGUGCCACAGAUGUGAAGUUCAUUUCCAACCCGCCCUCCAUGGUGGCUGCCGGGAGCGUGGUGGCCGCGGUGCAAGGCCUGCACCUGGGAAGCGCCAACAGCUUCCUGUCCUAUCACCGCCUGACGCGGUUCCUCUCCAAAGUGAUCAGGUGUGACCCGGACUGCCUCCGCGCCUGCCAGGAGCAGAUCGAAGCCCUCCUGGAGUCCAGCCUGCGCCAGGCCCAGCAGCAGAACUUGGACCCCAAGGCCGCGGAGGAGGAGGAGGAGGAGGAGGAGGUGGACCUGGCCUGCACUCCCACCGACGUGCGUGACGUGGACAUUUGAGGGCGCCGCGGUGGGGGAGGGGCCGGCCCGGGCUCUGCGGACAGAGCCGCUCAGGCCCGGCCGCCGUCGGAAGGCAGCCCUCCCCUCAGCGUCUUGGUGUUUUCCUUUGCUCUUUCUCCCUUCUGUCUCUGAGUUAAGCAAAAGAAAAGAAACGUCCCC